AUGGCAGAUGAAGGUAUAGCCACGAAUUUUGGGACUGAACUUCGGGAUGCCUUUAAAUCGGUUAAUUCUUGGGCGGCACAUGGAAUCAGCUGGCUAGAUGAUAUCCAACAGUUUUACCGAGAACGAAGUGCGAUCGAAAAAGAAUACGGUGCAAGGCUCAACACUCUUGCGAGAAAGUAUCAUGAGAAAAAAGCAAAAAAGUCUAGCAGCCUAAGUGUUGGCGACACACCAGCUCUGACACCAGGCUCAUUAGAGAGUAAAUCUCUCAUUACGUGGGCGACACAACUCAACACAGUCGAAUCUCGAGCUGCAGAACAUGACCGCUUCAGCACAGAAUUGAUAACCCGCCUAGCAGAUCCGCUGAAGAUACUCGGAGUUCGAUUUGAAGAUAUGCGUAAACGUUAUGCCGAGUAUGCAGGAAAACUAGAAGCGGAGCGGGAAUUAGCUAGUAAUGAACUACGGAAGAUGAAGUUGAAAUACGAUAAUUCUUGCCAAGAAGUCGAAAGCAAGCGCAAAAAGACAGAAACAUCCUCUGAACACUCUAGAUUAAAAGCCCAGAAUGCAUAUCAUCAGCAAAUUGUGGAGAUGCAUAAUGCCAAAAACAGUUAUCUCAUAGCAAUAAAUGUUCUAAAUGCCCAUAAUGAUAAAUACUAUCAUGAGUAUGUACCUCAGCUAUUGGAUAGUCUACAAGAUCUAGCAGAAUCACGAACGAUAAAGUUGAACGAGAUUUGGACGCUUGCAACCCAAACUGAAACUGAGCUUCUUGUGCGAAGUACUGAACUUAUUGGGCAGCUUUCACAAAAAAUAACGUACAACCAACCACAUUUAGACUCUAUAAUGUUUGUCACACAUAAUGCUAUACCCUGGAAAGAUCCACCCAAAAAAAAGUUCGACCCGAGUCCUAUAUGGCACGAUGAUAGUGCUAUGGUGAUAGAUGAAGCCGCAAAAGUCUUCUUACGGAACGUGUUAUCUAAAUCCAAAGCCCAAUUAGGCGAUCUAAGAAGAGAAGUAGACAAGAAACAACGGGAAGUCGACUCAACAAUUCAACUGAAGCAACGAAUACGGGAGGGAAAGGAAAAACGAGACGAAGUUGAAGUCAUACGAUCUCUUCUCAACCAACAAGAAGAGCUGCACAUUCUCGAACGAAAGCGCCUCACAGCUGAAAUAGAAUCCUCUAGUAUCACCAACACAAUCGGUGAUGUGACUCUGAACGCAAAAAGUCACAACCUCAAAUCUCAGACUUUUAAAAUCCCUACAAAUUGUGAUCUGUGUGGAGACCGGAUGUGGGGUUUAUCAGCAAAGGGUUUUGAUUGCCGAGACUGUGGCUAUGGAUGCCACGCUAAAUGCGAGUUAAAGGUUCCGGCGAAUUGUCCUGGUACACAAAACAAAGAACAGAGGAAGAAACUCAAAACUGAGAGACAAGAAGCUCUAAACUCGAUGAACCCUGUUACAGUGACUUUAGUAGAUGUUCCUAUUGAAAGAUCCAAUACCAGCCGCACAAAUACAAUGAAUUCUCACAGUUCAGGAUAUGUAGCCAGUACCAAUAGGGUACGGUCUAACUCUAGAAUAACUAUGGAAGAUCAUACAUUUCAGAAAAAUGAAAUAUCGUUGAAUGAAUCUAACGAAGUGCCUCCGUUACGAAAGAAUCGAGUCAUUGCACCACCACCUUCUAGAUAUAUUAGCCAAGUGCCUGACAGUAACAUUGUCGCGCAACACAGGCUUAAUGGGUAUAGUGUCAACGACCGAAAAGCGAAAAUGCUCUAUACUUACGAAGCUAAUGGAGCCGAUGAGAUCACGGUCUCAGAAAAAGAAGAAAUCUUAGUCCUUGAAGAUGAUGACGGGGGAUGGACAAAGGUUCAAACUUCUAGGGGAGAUACUGGUUUGGUUCCGACUGCUUACAUGGAAAUUUUGACCCUGCGCCCUGUCUCGAUGCAUUCCAAUUCAGGCUCUUCGUUUGGGGCCUCCAAGAAACAGGGGCCAGCGGUUGCACCAAAGCCAGGUGCUAAAAAGCUCGUACAUGUCACGGCUUUGUAUGAUUACAUAGCGCAAAGUGAUUCUGAAUUUAGUAUGAUGGAGGGAGAAGAAUUUAUUCUAGUCAAGGAAGAUACUGGCGAUGGAUGGGCCGGGGUAGAAAAGGGUGGAAGGUUUGGAAGUGUUCCGGCAAACUAUAUCAAGAGAUAUUAG